AUGUCUAGAUCAGGAGUUCAAGUUGCUGAUGAAUCAUUGACCGCAUUCAACGAUUUGAAAUUGGGUAAAAAGUACAAGUUUGUCAUUUAUACCUUAAAUGACGCUAAAACCGAAAUUGUUGUUGAUGAAACUUCCACUGAUUCAGAUUACGAUGCAUUCUUGGAAAAAUUACCAGAAAAUGAAUGUAAAUAUGCUGUCUAUGAUUUCGAGUACGAAAUUGGUGGUGGUGAAGGUAAGAGAUCCAAGAUUGUGUUUUUCACUUGGUCCCCAGACACUGCACCAGUUAGAUCGAAGAUGGUCUAUGCUUCUUCAAAAGACUCUUUGAGAAAAGCUUUGAAUGGGGUUGCUGCUGAUGUUCAAGGUACUGACUUUUCAGAAGUUGCUUACGAGUCAGUCUUGGAUAGAGUCAGCAAAGGUGCCGGAUCUCACUAG